CACUGUAAUAUUUCAAAAAACCUUAAUAAAUAUCUUAUUAAAAAACAACAACAAUGAACGCUUUGCCAGUGAGGCACACUAAAAUGAAAAUCUUAAUUAUUAUAUUUCCAUGGCCUUUUUGUUUUGUUGCCCAAAACUAAUAUGGUCUAUCACAAAGAACUACAUGCUGUCAAUUGCAUGAAUUCUGGGGGAUGUUAGAAUAUUUUGUCAACUAGUGUGAAGAAUCAUUUAAUUCUAAAAAACCAGUGUUACCAAAUGGGAAGUAACCCUUAUGAACAUUAAUAGAUUGAUGCCAUGAAACAGAGGCUUCAAUUGGGAAAAACCCAAAGGAGAAUAUUUCUACAUAGAGAAUAAUACAUGAACAUCGUAUUGGACCUUUUCUUCAAAGAAUCUGAAGUGUGGCAGAAAGCAUGUAUUAUCUAUUAACAUGCAAUAAUUUAUACAUAAUAAAUUUCAUUUUACAUUACUAAUACAUCUGAGCAGGAUCACUAAGGGAGGGGGUAUCAAACACCUGUGAAGGAGGACAAAUCUGGCCCUCUCUCUAUUCCCUUUCUUUAUGAGAGCUAGGCCAAUUGUUCCAAAGCAGUACUGCCAAGUGCAAAUUCAGAGUCACUAUGGACUUUUGCACCCAAAGAAUUUCCCCGAGACUGUGAGAAGGAUAACCUGGCUUCUGCUAAUGUCAGAACUAAGGAUCGCCAGGUUGCCACACCAUGCCUAUCUGUUCAAAAACACCGGUAAGGAAAGAUCACCUAACCUCAACUGGAUACAAAUGCCUGAUUACAACUAAUCAGUUUAUUUUGGCAUUGUUAAAUUGAUCUCCCUCCUUUACCUUUUCCCUCCAGUCCCCUUCCCUUGUACAUCUUGUCUUUCUAGUUUGUAAGUCUGAGGGCAGGGCCAGUAUCUAACAUUUGAUUGAUGUAAGCCAUUUUGAGAUACAAUAUUUGUCUGAAAAGCGAAAUAAAAAUAUAAUUAAAUAAUUACAUUAAUACAUGAAAGACACCAGGUGAGUUCAGCCCUGGAAAUCAUUUUCACUUGUUAAAGCACCAUCACACUGUGGUGGAGAGUUUUUGAUGAGUUCCCUUCUAACUAGGCAGGCCUGUGUCUGGCCUGCCACUAUAAUGAAGAUGCAAGGACUUGAGAGAAUACAAGCCCCCUUUAAUUUUACACUGUAUACCGUUCUUUAUCCAAGCUUCUAUAAAGCUAAGAAGUACUCGACUCUCCCAAAUUUCUUUGAUUGCAACGGAGGCAUAGCUAAAAGAUAAACUGCCUUUUAGCUAGAUGUAACAUCUUUCAUAAACACCCAUCACAAAAUUUCUUUUAAAAUUGAAGGAUAAAUUAAGUAUUAGAAAAGGGGGGGAGACUAUCAAUUGAAUUGCUAUAGAUUUUCCUACUAUUAUACCCUAUUCUGGCAUUGCUGUGAGCCAGUUUGAACACGCCUUAUCACAGAAAGGGGCAUACACAGCUAGGGAGUCAGGAAUUCUCACUCUUGUCACUGAUAGUACAGUGGUGGGGAACCUCAGACCCAUGUACCAAACAUGGCCCACCAGGCCAUUUUUAGGAAGUCAUACCCACACAUCCCACACCUGAUACCAUGCAUGACAUCAGAUAUGGUGUGGGUAAAGAUGGGACUCCAAAGGAACCAUCAGGAGCCAAAGUUCCUGGCUGUUCCUUGGAUCCCAUCCACCCAAUCUUGUUUACAUAAUCUGAUUUUUAUUAUUAUUAAUCACAUAAACAUCAAUAUCCAUAAUAGUGAAUAAAUCAUAGUAAAUAUUAAGAUAUACAUAUACACAACAAAUAAGGUGUGUGUGUGUAUAUAUAUAUAUAUAUACACACACACAAACUUAUAAUUAAGAGCUAGAUUGUGUGUAAGAAAAAAGGUGGAAGAAUGGAAUAAGAACAUGUAAAAUGGAAAUAAUUAUAAUUUCAUCUCAUAAAAUCAGGAUUAUCUAUUUUAUUACAUCAACUUGAACAAAGGUUUUUUUCCAAAAGGCAACUGAUAAAGUUAAAUGCCAUAGCUAGUUCACAUGAACAAGGCCUGAUACAUUUUAGAAAUACAUAAACUGAAGCCUAAUGCACAGUUUCAAAUCUCAAUUAAGAUAUAUGAUCAAGAGACACUGAGCUGAUGUUGGAGAGCUCAACUACACUGUUGAGAACUCCUGAAAGCAGGAGUGAAUAAAAUCAACAGUGUAGUUGGGAAUGAUGGGAUGGUUGUAAAUGGUUUGACAGAGGUGAGGAGUAAAUCCUAAGGCUGACUCCCUAUUGACUAUAUAUACAGAUGGACAAAAACUGAAUGUGAUCCAUUAUUAUAGGCCUAAAUUUUAAAAAAAACAUUCUGACCUAGAAAAAAGAAACUUAAUAACAAUUAAUUAAAUUCCACCCAACACAGCGGGAUUUUCUUUUGAGCAAACAUGCACAGAAAUAGAAAGCUGUCUUAUACCAAGUCAGCCAUACACAAAAGUGGUAAACAAAACACAAACCUUGGUUUACCACUCGUAGUUUAGGAAGAAACCAAUCAUGAGUUCGGGUUCAGACAUAACAUUAAGACCAAACUAUGGCUUAGCAUCCGGAGUAAGACAUUUCAACAGCAUGCCACUUAGGUGAAUGAUACUUUAAGUGACACGAGAACCAGGCCAAUAUGUUAUUUUUGUGUGAUUGUAUCAAAAAGUAUCUGUUUCAAGCAUGAUUGUUUAAAGCAGUUCAUGUCUUCCAUUCAAAUAUGUAAGUUUUGAACUAAGUGGAUUUCUGAAAUGACAGUUUUCCAAUCGACAAAUUGGCGGAAACAGACAUUUGAUGGGCAAGACAUUUGUGGAAAGAGCAAUAGUGUGCAUCCUGAGCAAACACUACAAAUACCAUGUUAGUUUAGAGUAACCUGAUUUAAUUGACAAAAUCCAAGGGCAGUUAGAAAGAUCGUUCAAUCACAACAACACUGGCUCAAAGAUACUCCGGAAACCCUGAUCACUAGACUGACUCUUCCUAUGCUCGUCUAUGGGGGUAACAUAUGAAGGGAGCCUUACGACUAAGCCUCCCGGUGUGGGGCAGCUGCGCGCUAGCUCCCAUGGGCAAGCUGAUGGGUUAUAUUGAAAUAUUUGUGGCAUAAGGGGAAACCGGGGCAGGACUUCCUUCUCUGGCACCUGGAGCAUGAGUCCUCGAGGUACAACCGAGCGGGUGAGGGAGCCCCCAUAGCCAGCCCCUUCCCUCGCUUCCUCCCGCUGGAACAAGCCACCCUUCCCCUCCCCUCCUUCACGCUCCGGCUUAUUGCUGGGCCAGGGGCACGGGCUCUCCGCCGCCGCCAUCAGCAGACAAAGGCCCCUCCAGACCCGAGGCGGCGGCGGCGGCAGCAGCAGCAAAACAAAGGGGCCGAGUCGAAGAGGGAGCCGCGUGGGGGGUGGGGAGCUGCCGGGAAGACAGGUUGUGGGGGGAGGGGAUUCCGGGCCCGCGAUGAACUCCCCUCCCGGCGAGGGGGGCGGGCCACUUCUGCUCGCCCGCUCCCUCCCUCAGAGCCAGUUUCGAGGAGGAGAGCAGCAGCAGCGCGGCCCAGCUCCUUCCUGCUCCCGCUGGAGGAGGAGGAGGAGGAGGAGGAGGCAAGGAGAGAGAGGACCCUCCCGCCUGCCCGCCCCGGCCCCGUCCUGACCUGGCAGAGCUGCUGACAGUACUCGGCGGCCGCCUCCACGGCGGGCUCCCGGCUCUCCCGCAGCCCCGUCUCCAGCUCCAGCAGCCGCCCCUUCAAGCGCCGCAUAUCCAGAGGGAGGAGGCCGCUCUCGCCGCCAGGGCCGUGGCUGCCGCUGUCCUGCUCGGCCUCCUCGUCCGCCAUCUUCGCACCCCGCUCCGUCGCGUACGCAGCCCCCCUCCCCCCACCCUACCACUACCAACCACAACCAACCAACCGCCACCGCACUCGCGAGCCCUCCCUCAACGGCCCACCUACCCCCCCAACUCUCCCCGCGCGCGCGCGCAGGCGCGAGCCCCGUAAAGGGGGGGUCACGUGAUUACACAAUACCACGUUCCGGGGAGGGGGAAUCACGUGCGGGAUCGAAGGGGAGGAGAGUUCGAACAGGCAGUUCGCCCGCUCUUUACCCGUCCCCCCCCUCCCCAGUAUUCGCAGAGGGACUGGGAAACGUGGGCUAGUCCUGUCACGUGCGUCUGCCGGCGCGCGCCUAGUGGCACAAAUAGCCUCUUGACGCGCCUCGCGGACUUUUUUUUUGGGGGGGGGGGGAGACGGCAAGGAGGCAGGACGUCAACCGAAGAAGUGUUUCAGUUUCGCUCGCGGUCUGGCUGGUUUGGAGCGGCUUCGCUCCCUUGCACAGGAAGAGGCGGCGCCGCCACCGCAGACUUCAACGGGCAGGCGGCGCGCUUCUCGCCCGCUUCCGUUUGCCCCUCUUUUCUCUCCCUGGACACGCGCACCUGGCUGCAAAGUUUCUCGCCCCUCCGUCUGCGAGGGAGGCCAGGUGUUACGCAGCUAGGAAUCCCAAAACCGAUGCGCAUUUAUUGCUAGUCCGCAACUUCCGAAACUGUUCGACACGGCAGCUGUUUAAACUUUGGGGAAAUUAUUUUAAAUACAAACUAUCCUUUUAAGAAAAAUAAAGGAACAAACAUCCGUCGAAUUUAUUUAUUUAUUUACUUCCCGCCCUCCACCCUAAGGCAGGAGGGCCAGUGAUGCAGCCCACACACUAUUUGAAUGGCAACGGUCAUCAACUUCGGGGGUGGGGAUCUGGCCCUUUCAAAUAUUGUAUUGGGGUGGGGGCGAAGGAACCUCAGCCCCUAGGAGCUGGCUGCUAUGCCUAAGGUCCCAGAGCAAGAUACAGUAUAAAAACAGCAUUGAGAACAAUUUUAAGCUUGCAAAGGUGGGUGCUAAAAACAUUCACCUUUGCAAAUAUUACCUUUGCUUUCUAUAGGUACGUUGAAUUUUGAAGCAGCAUGUGUAGGGGUGAGGUAUUUAGCUUUUUAUUUUAGCAUAUUCAGGGCUAAUUUAGAUUUAGAAAAUGGUAUGAGGGAGAGGAUUUUUUAAACUUCCUUCCCCACAGCUGCUUUUAGGUGGGGAAACAGUUGGGAGUUGUAAUUAUGAAUCCUAUAUUUGGGGGUGGCGCAGGACAUUUUGUCGCCCCUGCAACACCAUUCACCAUCCUGCAGAACCAGGGCCCCUCCCUGGCCCCACCGUCACACCUGUACUGCUGCCAGUCCCGCCACUGCAACUGCCACGAUGCAGUAGCAGUUUGGUGAGGGAUGGCUGUGAGGACAAGGGUACUGUGACACAGACAAAGCCACAGUGGGGCUGGAAGCACCACAAUGGGGCUGAUGGCGGUGCAGUGGCAGGGGUUGAAUCUGCUGGCCUGUAUGAGAUCUAUUUUGGUCAUCCUGCUAAUAGAUCCUGCUAACAGGCCUUGGUUCCCACAAAAUGGGCGUACUGGUUUCUCUAAACAGAAAUACCAAAGAGAUAGAAACAGAAAUGAAAAGGCUCUGACACCCAUGCUGGCUUUGUGUAACAACUUUGCAAGGCACUUUAGGGAGAAAAUCACUCAGAUUUUGACAGAGCUGGAUCGCAUUCAAAUCAAGUCUAACAAAGUUGUCUAGAGCACUGUCUGCUCCAUCGCUACUGGAUCAGUUUACAUUAUUGCAGCCUGAGGAUGUGACAACCUGCUUGAAGACAUGUGGCCAUCCACCUGCCACCUUGACCCUUGGCAUUCUGGCUUCUUCAGGGGGUUGCCUGGUGGGGGGGUCCAGAAAGUGAUUAAUGUUUUAAUGAAGAAGGUGCCACCUGCCUUGAAGGAGGCAGUGGUGUGUCUCCUUGGUAAGAAGACCUCACUGGAUCCAGAAUUGUUAAAAUAACUAUUGUCUGGUGGCAAAUAUCCCCUUUUGAGGCAAGGUGCUUGAGAAGGUGAUGGUGGUCCAGCUUCAGGAAGGAAACUAAUUACUUGGAUCUGUUCUACUCUGGCUUCAGGCCUUGUCAUGACACUCAAAUUUCCUUGGUCACCCUGGGUGAUGAUAUUUAUCAGGAGAGAGAUGGGGAGAGUGCAACGCUGCUCAUUCUCAAUCUGUUGGUGGCUUUUGAUACUGUUGACCACAGUAGCCUUCUGGAGCAGAAGCAUCUUUCUGGUUCACCAGAAACAACCCCUUUUGGACAUAAAUAACCUGGCCACUGUAAUACAUUCUCUGGUAACUUACAUACUUAGGAUGACUUGGAAAUGUCAAGUGGUUCAAAAUGCAGCAAGCAGAUUAGUGGCUGGGCUUCCAAUUAGAUCUCACAUAACCCUUGUUUUAAAACUGCUGCAUUGGUUGCCAGUUCAUUUCCAGGCUUAGAUCCAGAUGCUCACAUUAGCGUUUAAAGCCCUACAGACCCCCUCAGGGGGCAGAGGAGGCCCUAUUAGUUGUUCCAUUUCUCAGAAGCUGUAAAGUAAAUAGUAGAGGUAGACUCUGCCUUGUAAUAUUAUUUCUUUAUCCACAUAUGUCUUUUAUUUGGCCUUUAUUGAGUAGAUCUUCUUUCACCAGUAAAAACAUAAAACUAUACAAGGUACAUAAAAAUGGUCUCUGCCCUGGCAUUUUUACUGCAGCAUUGUUUGUUCACAGAUAUAUUUCCUUGUAUUUUCCACCUAAUUAAUAUUGGUAGCUGGAAGCCUUGAGAGGGAAUUGAACUCCCCUGCUGUUCCAUCACUGAUUGCAAACUACAGGUAUAGUUGCUGUUACGAGAAUAUUGAUUUGAAUGGGGUAUUACAUACAUUGAACAGGGAAAAACAAAAUUACUUGGAGUGCAAAUGAAAAGCUAGAUGCAUAAUAACAUUUCUGAUUCACAAGUGGAUUUUUAGAAUAAAAUGGGGAAAAUAAUAAGUGAUUCUAAAAUUAAGUUAUUCUAGCAAAGGGAGUAACAUAAUGUUGCGAGUAUAACCAUUAGGUGCACUUCACGCAAAGUUUAGCACUUUGAUUUGAUUUUUAAAGAUGGAAAAUUGAGCAUGCAUUUAACUCUCACUGAAAUAAAUGGAAUAUAAAAGUGCUUAAUGCUUCAUUCAAUUAUUCUAAUACUUACUAAAAUUUAUUUUAACACAAACAUCUGUCUUUAAUAUAAUGCACAUUUUGUAUAAGAAUUCCAUAUGGUCUGAAAUUAUCUCCAAAUACAGGUCUAUUGUAACCUACAGAAAAUAUGCUUCCUUGCAAUAGUGCUAUCAUGCUACCUGGCACUUUAUUUUUUUUAAAGUUGCCUUACGUUGCAACCUGUUGUGGCCUCAAGGCCCCAAGGGGGGGGGCUGGUUUGAAGAAGUGGCAAUUACUAGAAGAGCAAAUGGAAUUAUGGUAAGCUAUGGUGGAUCACAAAAGGCAAGGCAGUAUCUUUUGCCAGGACCCUGGACAGAUCACAAAGGCAAAAAUUAGUUGGAACUCACCCAAAGAGAGCUAUUGUUUCUGCAGCCUGCUGUGACCUUUUCAAGAUGCCAUGAUUUUCACCUGCUGUUAACCUCACCCAUUCAGAAAAAACUGUGUUUCCUAAAGGCCAAUUGCCUGAAACUGCAACCACUGGAAACUAUGGUGAGGUCUCCGUGUGUGGGUCUUCUGUGUCUGAGGUGUCAGGUAAAGUCAAGCUCUCAGGUUUGGAAGGUUCUGGAGUGUGGGAUGAAGGAUCCCUGGGCAAUACCUCUUCCCCUUCUGAGAUGGAGAUGGGGAGAUUGAGGCUAGAGACAUGACACAGCCUGACACAAAAAUCUGUGGGACUCGUGUGCACAUGUGUAGAACUAUGUACUAAAUAUAAAUAGGUCUGAAUAAUUUACCGUACUUGAAUAAUGCUUUCAAAGAAAUAGUGGCUUGAACCCUGUGUGUAGCUUUCCACUCAUAUAAUCUCCCAUCCACAGAAGUGAGGAAAGGCAGUUCCCUCCUGCAGCUCCAUUUGGAUGACUCUGCAACAAUGUGAGAGGUGAUGGAGGAUGCUGUAGGGGGAAGGAGGAAUUGGUGAUAAUUGCUUCCCCUUCCCUUCUGUCAGAGACAACCUCUGGACCACCAGCCAUUCCAUGAAUGAAAUGAAUAUGAAAUGAAAAUGUUGCAAUAUGAAUCAAACAGGGUGAGUGCAAAAAGGAUGGUUUGAAACUGCAUUAUUUUUCAUCAUUUUAGGAUCAUAAAAUCAUACAAUUGUAGAGUUGAGAGGGACCCUGAGAGUCACCUAGUCCAAACCACUGCAAUGCAGAAAUAUGCAAGUGGCUCACAUGGAGAUCGAAUCACAGCCUGGGCUAGGUUAUCAGCACCGUGCUCUAACCAACUGAGCUAUUCCCUCCUACAGUGAUACCUCGGGUUAUAGCUGCUCCCGGUUGCGUUUUUUCGGGUUGCAGACCGCCAAAACCAGGAAGUACCAGAAUGGGUUACUUCCGGGUUUCGGCAGUUGCGUAUGCGCAGAAGUGCUAAAUCACGCUUUGCGCAUGUGCAGAAGUGCCAAAUCGCAACCCGCGCAUGCACAGACGUGGGUUGCGAACGCUGCGAGUUGCAAACGUGCAUCGCGCAUGGAUCACGUUCGCAACCCAAGCGUCCACUGUAUUUUGUUAUUUUCUAGUUUUCUUUUUUUUUAAUAACAUUUUAUUGAUUUUCCAAAAAUAACAAAAAUAAAAAAACAACCACAACAAUGCAAAAACAAAAUAAAACAAAUUGACUUCCCUCCAAUUCCUUGGUUCUAUUAUUUAUCAAGAUACUGCAGGUCCAUUGUUAAAUUUUUAAAUGUUAUUUUCUAGUUUUCAGCUCUUAAUAUAAUGUUGCAAAGGGGAAAGAGACUACAGUGGUACCUCGGGUUAAGUAUUUAAUUCGUUCUGGAGGUCCAUUCUUAACCUGAAACUGUUCUUAACCUGAAGACCACUUUAGCUAUUGGGGCCUCCAGCUGCUACUGCGCCCCCGCCGUGCGAUUUCUGUUCUCAUCCUGAAGCAAAGUUCUUAACCCGAGGUACUAUUUCUGGGUUAGCAGAGUCUGUAACCUGAAGCAUCUGUAACCUGAAGCAUAUGUAACCCGAGGUACCACUGUACAGGGAGAAACAUUCUCCCCCUGUGCCAUUUUAAAAGCUGGUAGGAAAUCUGGUGAAGUCACUGUUGUCUUUGUUGUUCUUUUUUUAAUGGCUGCAAUUACUGAAAAUGGCAGUAAACUGUGGUUGACAAUGCAAGAGAAAACUAAAUGGUAAACAUUGUUGAUUUUUGUGCCCACCAUCUGACCUUUCUUUAAUAUUACAAUGCAGGAAGUGAUCUCUUUAAGAGUCAAGGACGAGAUAACAUCAGUAUGGUGGAAUAGUAAUUACAUCAAGCAAUAGUUGGCCAAUGAGGAGACAUCACAGUUGAUCCAUUGGCUUAGAUCUAGGUGGGAGAUAUGACUGAAUUUCCUAGUAUAAAAGAAAAACACAGGGUAUAUUCCGUCUCAGUGUCGAAAGACAAGCUGCCGCUAAGUUUCCUAACCCUAUUUUUUUCAGACUCUUAAUCAACUGUCCUCAGCUGGAAAAGAAGAAGGGUAAUGUUAUUUGUUAAAAUGGUUUAGAUAUGUUUAUUAAUAUGAAAUCUAAUAUAAUCUCUUUUUUUAAAAGCAGACUCUUUGUAAAAAGACCAAGUACUGUGAUUCUCUUCAUAGACUGAGGCUGCAAUCCUAUAUCCACUUACUUGGGGGUAAACUCCACAGAACUCAGUAGUGCUUACUUGUGAGUAACAUGGAUAAGGGUUGUUUUGCGAGAUGCUUUGGGAUCAUUUGAUGAAGACACAAAAACGUGUCAGCCAAAUGGUGAUCAGCUCUUUGUGUGCAAUGUAUCUCAGGCUCUGAAAUGGGAGCAUGGUUUAGAUAAAAACCUGAAGCUGAAAAUUCUUGCUUUUAAAAAAACCCAAAACACCAAAUGUUGUGUUUGCUGUUGCAGGGGUAUAACAUGUUACUGUUUUGAGAGUGUUGUUGUUAGGGAGAACUCUCUCCAGGGAUAGGCAUAAUGCAAGUGGAGCCACGUGAAGCUUUUCAUUUUGAUUCUCUUGCGCAGCUUAUGCCACAUAACCCUGAGUACAUCAGUGGCCAUGCAGUCUUCUCAUGUUUUCUUUGUCUGGUGAGUCCCCUGGUUUUCAGGAGCGGGGUUUCUGUUCGUUUGUUUUUUGGUGAGGGGCAAAAGGCUGCAAUGGGAAUGGAGUGAAAAAGCUCUGUUGUACCUGAAGUUCUUUUGAUACAAGCCAUAGUUCUCUGGAUCAGGGAAAGAGAUCAGAAAAAGCAACUUUGGAUGGAUAGUGGCUAAUAAGUAACAAUCCCCUUGGGCUACUUCACACAUUAUAUUUUACAUCUAAACUUGUAAAGUGUGAAUGCAACAAACUUACGCAUCAAACAGGUUGGGCAUUGGUUGCAACUAUGUGACAGGGUAAAAACAACACCAGCCUGUGUUACUUACAUAUCGUGUUGGAAAUGGCUCGACUAGUGAGUAUUUAGCUAAGAGAGCAAUACAUAUACUUUCUCAAAAUUAUCCCGUUUAGAUCUCUGAUACUGCAUUAGCAGUGGAAGGAUCUGCUAAUUUCUCAUUUUUCACAAUCUUAAAUUGGAUUCUCCAUAUUCCUGCAGCAAUUUUUCUUUUAAAAAAAUCCACAUUAGAAUUCUUAAGCACUUUAGUGUGACUUUUUCCUGAUAAACAAUUUUUUAUGUCAUUUUGACUAAUGCGCACAUCUUUGCAAGCAAUUUCUAUUGGUAUAUGUAUUUUUGUAUAUUAUUUCCACUAAUAUAUUUAUUUUUAUGCACCCUUCUACCUAAAAUAUGCAUUUUUGGUAAACAUUGGUUUGUUGGGAAAACUGCCUUGAAAAUUUUAAGUACGUACGGAUUUCAAAGGAUGGCUAUGUUUUAGUUCUCAUAUUGUUUCAAAAAGUGUGAAUCUGGUAAAUUCAGCUUUAAAUGUAAACUUAAUAAAAUUGUCCUCCAUCCCUAUACUACAUUUAUAAAAUUAAGGGAGAAAAAUGGCUAUUACCUAAUACAUUUUUUUUCUGGAUUAUUUCUGCAAAGGCUUGCAGUGCAACCCUGCACAAGUCUAGUCAGAAAACCCAUUGUGUUCAGUGCGUCUUACUCCAUGUUAAGUGUUCUUAGGACUGCAGCCUAAGGAAGUCCUCUCCUUUUAAAUGCCAAUUUACUAGAAAUCGUCACAUAAAUAUAACAGACUCAUCAGCAUUAUUACUUUGUAACAAAAAUAUAAAAACAACAAAUUGUGUUUGAUACUAUAAUAUAUUGCUAAUAUUUUAUUAAUUUAAUUCCUUUGAAUGAUUUGCUUGUCAGUUGCCUUUAUCUUCCACAUUUUUGUGUGUACAUGGCCUAAACAGCACUAUCUUCUUAUCUGAUUGCAUUUUUUGUGUUGCAUUGUUAUUUCUGGAAUGUAGUUUUUCUGUUAUUUGUUUUCUGUUUAGAAUAAAUAUGAAUAAAAAUACUCUCUUAUAAGCUGCUUAGGGCCAGCUCCAGCAUAGUGCUUUUACAGUUAGGAAGUGUGAUUCUCAUAAAGAUGCAUGGAAAAUUUAAUGUCUAGUUGUCUCAUGUACCUAGUGAUAAUUGUUGACACUUUUUUCUCUGAAGAUCUGGCUCCCAUACCUUUUUUGUGGCAUGUGUGUGUGCUGAGCAUUUUCCCAGUCGGGCUUUUGUGGGUUUUUGGGUCCUAGCUAAAUAUUUUGGUAGAUUUUGCAGGGAGCAUUCAUGAGCAGGAUGCUAGAUUGUAGCUUGUUCCUGAUCUACUGGAAAGUGAUACCAUAUUUUUAGAUAUUUUACUCAGUCUAGAGGCUUACACCAAAGUAUUCCCAUGGACAGGGGGAAAUGUUAAAUUUAAGUAUUGCUUAGCAUCACUUCAUGUGUUUCUGAGAUACUGGGCACGUGCCUAUAUGUCAAGUUUACGCAAGGUAUUCCUCAUAAGAAGUGAGAGGCAUACGCACUCUCUGUGUUGCAUCUGUCUAUGAUAGCUGUUUGGCUCUUGGUCCACAACCAUGAUGUGUACAAUAUUUUUUAAAAUAACAACAACCACCACUUGUGAACAUAGCUCUCAUAUGUCACUGGAAACCGCUCAGAUAACUUAUGCAACAACAUCAGUCCUAUAAAACAUUUAGUCUAUCUGAGCCAAUAGGAUGUUUUGGCUAACAUGUAAGUCAAGCCAUGUGGAUUGCCUUAGUAAAACACCCUCUAGUUCAGGAGUGGCUAGCUCACAAAACAUUAGCCACUUCUGAACUCAUAGGUGUUCUACUUAGUUUCAGACGCAGUUGGUCUGUAACUCCCCGAACAUACAACAAGCUGCCUGGGACCGAUUUGAGCUGAGAUCCAACAACAUCUGAAAGGCAUCUUAUCCUUAUUCUACAAAGACCCCAAACUUUUGACCCAAGUGACAGCAUUGUUUAUGCAUCUGUACUCACUUAGCAUGUAUGUUAAAACUGCAUGGUAAAUUCAAGAUGCUAACCACACUUUGAUCCCAUAUUACAUUCAGAGACCAGAAUCCAAAUAAGUCACUAGUCUCUUGAGGCUGCAGCACCACCAACAGUCCUACAGCUCUGCGCCUUCUCCAUGGGUAGAAUUUAAGAAUACGAUGAAAACUGUGUUCCUAAGCUACUUUCAACUGGAAUCAACUGGAUGUAUUUCCAAAUAAACAUGCUUACGACUAGAAGGGAAAUCCUUUGUUUUUCUCUCUUUUGCAGGAGGGCCAUGGUGUUCUUUGGGAAGUAUGCAGCUGUUGCUUUUGCCAUAUUGUCUGUGUCACUGAGUAUUCUACAUUCAGUGCCGGAGCGAGAGUUCAUCGCUCCAGGUGAGAUACAUUAAAUAUUGGAUUAUUAUUUUUUAAGCAGACAGUGAUUUGGAUAAAUAAAACUUACCAGUUAAGCUCCCAUCAUCUGUGCACCAUGAACAGAAAUGACAUUUCCUGGCAUGGGAAAUUGUGAAAUAAGAAAGAAAAGAGGAGUGUAAUGGAAGUGGUCCUCUUCGCCGCACUUUAACAGAAGUUGCAAAAUCUUUUCUAUCUCUCUUGUUAAAACUAUUUAGCAGCUUGCUGGAUUGCAUCAUUGCAUUUAAAGCUUUACAAAGAGGAAUACUUACAUAUACUUACCUAUACAGUGGUACCUUGGGUUACAGACGCUUCAGGUUACAGACUCCACUAACCCAGAAAUAGUACCUCAGGUUAAGAACUUUACCUCAGGAUGAGAACAGAAAUUGUGCGGUGGCAGCAGUGGGAGGCCCCAUUAGUGAAAGUGGUACCUCAGGUUAAGAACAGUUUCAGGUUAAGAACGGACCUCCAGAACCAAUUAAGUUCUUAACCCAAGGUACCACUGUACUUACUCAAUAUACUUACCUAUACUGAGUAAAUGUGCAAAAGAUAGGGCUGUGUGCCACUUUUAGACUCUUCUGACUGAAUAGCACUUUGUACAUUACACCCAUGAAAGUAAAUGUUAACCAUUUCAUACUGCAGAUUAUUGGAUAGGUAGCACUUUUAAUCUCAUUGACAAGAAAGGCAUUAUAUUUCUCCCCAUAAUCAUAAGAAAUCAUUUUUUUUUAAACUAAUGAAAGCUUUCUGCUAGUACAUGUGUAUGCUUUCUUUUCUAUAUUUUUUCUUUCUUUUUUUAAAAAUAAAUUUUAUUAAUAUUUUCCACAAAAAAAUAACAAUAUGCAUUGCAAUUAAUGCAAAUUAAAUUUUUUAAAAAGAUGAAAAAUGAAUGGAUAUGGCAUUAACUAAUUUACUUUAACACUAACAGUGCUUUUUUGAUUGGGGGCUUUCCACAUAAUAUUUUUGAUUGAGUUGUUUUUUAAAGCAGUAUUAUCUGUCAGCAUCUCCAAAUGUGGGAAAUGAAGAGCUGCAGCUGUUUAAGCUUCCCUAACAUCAAAAGAUGAUUUACUACGUUACUUGAUUAACAGAUGACCUCUAUUUUCUGCCAUAUUCAUAAACAUGCAUUUAAUUACCCGCUUGACUUGUGAUUUUGAAUACCUCAGUGUUUUUGGUGCCCUGUAUGUGACAAAUUCUUUCAACUGGCAUUUCUUUUUCUGAAAAUGUGCUGCGUGUUCAAGGAGUGAAAUUGCAUGUUCUGUCUUGAAAACCCCACUUCAGAGCACCUUGUUAGUAGCUCCCAGUGAAUAUUUCACAGUUUUUGCCUUAGCUACAUUUUGCCCCAUAUAGUCAUUUAAGCUAAUGGCACCAUACUGAUUUUUUUUUUUUUAAAGGAAAGAAGUGGGGAGGGGGGUUUCCUUUGGAUCUUGAGGAGGUGACCAGUUUAAGCAAGCCUUAGCUAAUUCCAAAACAUUUGAUAGAAAGAGGGCCAAGAUCAGAUCAGAAAGUUUAUCUUAUUUCCUGUAGACUAGGGCCUGGAGGACUUGUUGGGAUCCAGUUCCCAUCAGCCCCAUCCACCAUGGCCGAUGGUAAGAGAUUAUGGGAAUUGUGAUCCAAUCAAUAUAUGGAAGGCUCCCAUGUAUUGCUGUAGACCAUUUUGUCUUCAAAGUUAGAUGUGAAUUUAGCCAUUCAUGAAUUGAUGGCGCACAAUGAGAAGCCCAUCCUACCAGUUCAGCUCAAGACUGGAAUGCAGCCCAGCCCGUCGUAUGUUGCAAUGUGAAGUACAAGUAGAACCAAGAACAGCACUAAUAUCUAAAUAUAUUCUUUUCUGUGUAUCUGAAAGGCUGCCCUGAAUGUAAACUGAUCUUGAACGCACGCAUGACGGAGCUGUUCAAUGGGCGACCUAUUUAUCAGUGUGCAGGAUGCUGUUUCUCAAGGGCUUAUCCCACUCCCAUGAGAUCUAAGAAGACAAUGCCGGUCCCAAAGAACAUCACAUCAGAAGCAACAUGCUGUGUGGCAAGAGCCUUCAAACAGGUAAUGAGGCUACUAAACACCUACCUAUGCAAUAUGUGUUUGUUACCCUUCCACCCUGGAAUAAUAUUGGAAUCCUCAGGCAUGCUUGAAGAUUGUGCCUGAAAGCUGCAACUCCAUUCUUCUAAGUCCACAGUCUGCUCUCUGACUUACUUAAGGUCUCUUAUAAAUCCAGAUGGCUCCAACCCUUAUAUAGCAAUAUCAGAUCUAUUGGUAUUGACUUUGAACUCUUGUAUAAUUCAAGUGAGCAAUAUAUGUAUCACAACAUUCAAACCAGAUUAAGGGUGGGUGAACAGGAAAAUUCCUCACACUAUCUUGUAGCUGGAUUUUGAAUGUACCCUCAACCUCAUUUCUGCAAAGGUUAAGUUAGCGAUGUGUUGCAACUACAUUACAACGUAUUUGCCCUGUAGAUGAGCAGCUGCUGUUCAAGAAAUGCUAGUGAAAAAUCUUUUUUGAGCAUAUGGAACUAAUUGCAUUUGGCGGGGUGUUCCUUAGAAUUCUAUCUACUUAUAACUGCCAAUGAAAAUGAUAGCAGAGUGAGUCUAGAUAAUAAUUCUCAGUGUUUCUUUAUUUAUAUUUAUUCAUAUAUGUAUAUAUAUAGAGAGAGAAAGUAUCAAAAUGGUGUACAAUUAAAACAGUACCAUAAACUUCACUACAACAAAUCACAAUAUAGAAGAAGAAAUUGCAUAAUAAACACAUAGCUUUUAUUUUAAGUGAGAAAAUAAAGCAUUAAGGUGUUCUUUGCAAAAAGGGUCUGAUUUUUGCAAUGAAUGAAAGUAUAAUUCUAUUUUUUCUUUUCUUUUCUUUUAUCCAGGCUCCCAUUCCAAAUCAUGAACACACAAAGAUAGAGAAUCACACCGAUUGUCACUGCAGUACUUGCUACUAUCAUAAAUCUUAAGACCUUCAUGAAUGGACCGCCGAUGACAACGAAUGAUUUUAUUUUAUUUGCAUUAUUUGCAUUAUUUGCAUGUAUAAGAUCAUAACGUUUCUGAUUGAAAAAAAGGAAGCUUUAAGCUUACCUACUAUGAUAUAUUCCCUGCUGUUAUGUUUCCUCUUUACUUCAUCACA